AGUCGUGUCUUUUCUGCUCCGUACGCGUCCCCGCGACCUUGAUUACGUCAGACAAGAUAGCGCACAAUGAAAUUCCUUUCACUCAAACUUUUAGAAAGUUUGUCCAAGUGCAGCACGCGCCGGAGCCCCUUUUUAAAUGUUUUAACCCCACUUAUCGCCCCCACAACACACACCAUGGGCUGUUCCACGUCCAAAGUUGAAGUUUCGCGCUCCACGGCCAAGGAUGAGGAGUACGUGGAGGGCGUCGUGUGCCAGGACUCCGACGUCGGCGAGAACGAGAUGAAGAGCUUCGAGCUGGGCGAGGGCCGGGUGCUGCUGGUGCGCCAGAAGGGCAAGCUGAGCGCGCUCGGGGCCAAGUGCACGCACUACGGCGCCCCCCUGGCCGCGGGGGCCCUCGGCGACGGCCGCGUGCGCUGCCAGUGGCACGGCGCCUGCUUCAACAUCCUCACAGGGGACAUCGAGGACUUUCCAGGCAUGGACUCGCUCCCUUGCUACCAAGUCACCGUCGAGAACAACUCGGUCAAAGUCCGCGCCAAACGCUCCGAGCUCGAGACGAACAAACGCGUCAAAUCCAUGACAAAACGCAACCCGGCUGAAUCGCAACACAUUGUCGUGAUCGGCGGGGGGCCCUCAGGCGCCAUCUGCGUCGAAACCCUCCGUCAGGAGGGUUUCGCCGGCCAAAUAACCCUCGUCUGCAAAGAAAACUGUCUCCCCUACGACCGCGUCCUCGUCAGCAAAGCCAUGGACUUCGACCUAUCGAAAGCCCAAUUCCGCACCGAACAAUUCUACAAAGACCACGGAAUCGACGUCCUGAAAGGCGUCAAAGCCACAGGAGUCAACACCACGCAAAAAUCGGUCAAUUUAAGCAACGGCGCUGUUUUAACCUACGACAAAUUGUACAUUGCCACCGGGAUGAAGGCCAACAAGGUGGCCAUUCCAGGCGCCGAUUUGCAGAACGUCGUAGUCUUGCGAAACUACGAGCAUUCCAAAGCCACAAACGCGCUGAUUCGCCCCGAUUUGAAGGUUGUUGUCUUGGGGUCGAGCUUCGUGGCGCUUGAAGCGGCCGCCUAUUGCGUGGAAAAGGGGGUGAAAGACGUGACGAUCGUGGCACGGGGGAGUGUGCCCUUUAAGCCCUUCCUGGGCGAGGUGGUGGGGGGCGCCUUCAAGGCGUUUUUCCAGGAGAAAGGCGUCAAAUUCAUCAGUAAUUCCGGUUUAAGUAAAUGUCUAGACGAUGGGACCGGGAAAGUGGGCAAAGUCGAACUCAAGGACGGUUCCACCCUCGAGGCCGACUUGGUGAUCAUGGGGGUUGGGAGCAGUUGUCUCACGGAUUUCCUCAAGGGCUCGGGGGUGGAGCUGCGCCCCGACGGUACGGUCGAAGUGAACGAGUUCUUGCAAAGUAACAGCCCCAAUGUGUACGUGGGGGGCGACAUUGCCUACGCCCCCGUGUGGUCGCAUCACGGCCACAAGGCGGCGAUCGGGCACUACCCCCUGGCCCACUACCACGGGAAGAUCGCAGCGUUGAAUAUCCUGGGGAAGGGGCGGAGGCUGCAAGCGGUGCCUUAUUUCUGGACCAAGUUGUUUGGGAAAAGUCUGAGGUAUGCAGGGCAUGGGAAAUUCAGCGAUGUUGUGUAUAUUGGGGACGUGGAUAAGUUUAAAUUUGUCGCGUUUUAUCUCGAUGGGGACGAGGUGGUGGCGGCGGCGUCGGUGGGCUGGGACCCCGUUGUGUCGCAAUUUGCCGAAGUCUUGGCGCUUGGUAAGACGCUAACACGUAAGGAUGUGGAAAAUGAGGAUAAAUUUACUUGGACCAAAUUGUUGCAAAGUACUUAAACGGGGCUGUGAUCGAAGCCACACAGUAUUUUAUUUUUCUAAUGAUUUAUUUACAGUUUUAUAGUGUUGUGUAACUAAGAAGUCUAAUAAAUGUUAUGCUUGCUAA